AUGGAGUUAGCUGAUGGAGAUUUCUAUUAAUUUAUGUAAACACAAGAUUAUCGUAGAUUGUCAAAUGAUCAAAAGAAUUAAUAUUUUAUUUAAGUAAUUAAAUGAUAUAAUUAUAUUUAGAUGGUAAAAGGAGUUGAUUAACUUCAUGAUUUAGGAUUAUUUCAUAGUGAUUUGAAACCAGAAAAGUUUGUAUAUUUUAAUUAACCAAACAAUCAAAAAAUUAUUAAAUUGAUUGACUUAGGUUUAAUUAAAGAAACUUCAAAUUAGAUGGCAAAGACCGCAUAUGUUGGAACCCCAUAUUAUAUAGCACCAGAAGUCUUAGAAAUUUUUAAUAGUUAAGUUUUUUAUGAUAAAUCAGUUGAUAUUUGGUCUUUGGCAAUGAUAAAAAUUUUUUAAUGGUAAUUUAAAUUUAUAAUCCUAGGUAAUUGUUAAUAAGAAAUAUUUAAUUAAAUCUUAAAUUGUAGUUAACAAAAUAUCGAUUAAAAAAUACAAAACAACAUAUUAAUAUAACAAAAAGAAAAAGAAUUAAUUUAAAAGAUGCUUAGAAAAUUUUCAAUGUAAAGGAUAUAAUUGAAAAACAUAAUUACAGCAUAUAAUUAAGAACAACUUGUUUAACGAAAAUUUUAAAUGUUAUAGAUUCCUAACUAAUAAAAUUAGAUUCCAAUCCAAAGUUAAAAAAAAUAAUUUUAAACUUUAAUUGA